AUGCCGUCAAUCCUCGAAGACCCCACCACAAUCCUCCCACCUCCCCAACCCGCCCUCCAAGCCUCCCAAACCCUAACCCCCCGAUCCGCCCACCUGAAAGACGGCUCCCCCGUAACCCUAUACCCAAUUGCCAAUGGACCGCAAAGCAUCCCCUCCGACCUGGUCGCCUUGCUCCACCGCGAGUUCAGCGCCGAGAUUCAGGCCGGGUGUACGUAUCCCAUGGAGGAGCCGAUGACGUUGGAGCGUUUCGCGGAGUAUUGGUUUGGGACUUUUGCCGUUGUGGCUGUUCUUGGGGAGGAGAAUGAGAAUGGGGGGUUGAGGGAGGGGAGGGAUUGGGAGAAGGAGUGCUUGGGGACGUUUUAUAUUAAACCUAAUUAUCCUGGUCGGUGUUCGCAUGUUUGCAAUGCAGGAUUCCUGACAACAGUUGCUGCGCGAGGCCGUGGAGUGGGUAUCGUCAUGGGCGAGACGUAUCUGCAGUUUGCGCCGAAGUUGGGUUACAAAUACUCCGUCUUUAACCUGGUCUUUGAGAACAAUGUUGCGUCGGUUAAGAUCUGGGAACGGUUGGGGUUCAAAAUCAUUGGUCGCGUGCCUGGGGCAGCGCGGUUGGCGAAUAGUGAGGAGUUGGUGGAUGCAUUGAUUAUUGGGAGGGAGUUGGUUUAG